UGCAUAAGUCCUCAAUCAGUACCUUCACUUUUUAAAUUCAAUGCGUAUAGUAAGCCAACUCCAACUCCGAUGGCUUUCCUUUUCUUAUUCAACGUGACGACUUACAACAAGACGUCAAACACGCUAGCACCACCGUCUCCGUAACUUCCUCCUUUGACGUUAUAUAAAUAUCCUCUCAUCCAAAACCUGCAACUAUCUUCUCUCUCCAUUGAUUAGUGAUUGAUCAAGACUAGUGUUGACAGUGUGUCCGAAGAUAGAGAAAUAUAGCGAUGGCAGGUGGUGGAGUAUUGGAGGUGAUGCUAGUGGAUUCCGAAGGCAUUAGAGCAAAAAGGUUUCUCGGUUGUGUAGUUUGUUGCAGUACUUCGGCUGUUAAUAGACCGUAUGUAUGUGUUGAAUACGGGGAUAAAAAGCGCGUAAGCAAAGUCGCUCAAGGAAAAGGGAAGAAAUCCAUAUGGGAACAAAAGUUCGAGUUUGUGGUUGACUAUCCAACGGAUGAAAAGAAGUUGGAUCAAAAGCUUGUGUUUCGUGUCAUGGACAAACAUAAACUUUCCGAUGAUGGAUAUGUUGGUGACGCUACGAUUCAUGUAAAGGAUGUUGUUUUAAUGGGGAUGGAGAAAGGGGAUGCAAAGCUCGGAAGUCGGAAAUACAGGGUGGUCCGGGAGGACAAAUCUUACACCGGCGAUAUAUCUGUGGGAGUUACUUUCAAGAGAAAAGAUGGAGUGAAUAAUGAUGGUGAAAGGAAGGAAAGCCUUGUUAAUAAUGAGGAGGGUACAAAAAUGGCAACGGCAUAAUGUCUUUGAUCAUUUAAGGCUGUGGUCUUGUGGAUAACUAGUUUUUCUUGUUGCUAAAGACUUAAAUUUGUAGGUUUUAAGAUAAUAUUGUCGGAUAAAGGAUAAAGUCAAUUAGAAGUUCGUUGGGUUUGAGUGUGUAACUAGUUUUUCUUGUUGAAACAAGUGCCCGUAAUUAUUUUCAAUUUAGUUAUGCUUCUAAAACAAAAACUCGAAACGUUUGUUUAUCCAACUUUUGAUGAUUAAUAAACAAAAAAUCAGACGUCUUUUGCAA